AUGGCAAGAAAAAGAAAAUAUGGAUCUGUACUAGGGGAGGAAAAUAGUACGGCAAGCCCAUAUUUAGAAUCAAUCAAUUUACCUGAUGAAAACUAUUAUAGGAAUAUGACAGAAUCCCCAAUGGAGUUGGACCAACCACACAUAUCGACUAAUCCUUUAAAACAUGGGUUACCUAGGGCAAAUGUGAAUAAUAUGAUAAUGCAGGACAUAUAUAAUAGAAAUAUGGAAGGAAAAGCAGUUCCCAAAGUUCGAAGAAAAAGAACACUAAUUCCUCAAGUGGUUGCUCAUGAAAGAAAUGACGUGGACCAUUUUAAGAGAAUAACAUAUCAAGAUAACAAUGUUGAUAUAUUCCAAGAUGAUUUAUCAUUAAGAAACCAUCCAACAAAUCAUGCCGUAAAUAAUAACUCUAAAAAUACAUUUAUGUACAAUACAAGAAGUAAAGCAAUGUCAGUGAGACAAAAUAAUACUAAUGUUUUGGGAAAAUCUAUGGAAAACGCUUCUAGAAAAAAAUCUGAAAAGGGAUCUUCUAAUUUGCCUCCUCUCCCUAGAACUGAGGAUUAUUGGCCAAAAAUCAAUAAAGACACAACUCAAGAUCACGAGGAGUAUUUGAACAAUAUUCGUGAUCAACAUUUUAACCGUUAUAGAAAUAAUGAGAAUAUUAGAAAUGAAAAUAAUAUAGAAUUCUGCAGUCAACCAGGCGAAUAUCAAGCUAAUGCUUACAGUGUGAGUGAAGGUAUUUAUUCAAUAGAAACUCCACUAAAAUCUUUUAGAUCUGAGAUAUUAAGACCAGCUAAUGAUGACAUAAUGCCUAUAAGGCGUUCCAGGGAAGUUAACAAUGAGUUUCUGGAACAUGAUAAUAUUUAUAAUUAUCGAAAAAACAAUAUAAAUCAUAAGAACGAAAGAGUUAUUUGUCUUGCUAAUUCUAAUGGGAAUUGUCUCGAAAAUCGUUCUGAGAAAUCCAUAGUGAAUCAAAGUUUACCAGUUCAAAAGCAAAUUCAUCAGAGAGGAAUAAAGGUUCAUUGUGAUGCAAUGGUUGGUGGAGAUACCCCUCUUAGAGACAUUCAAAAUCUUCAAGAAGUCUCAAGUAACGAUAUCGUUGACUUAAUCGAAAUGAAAACGAGCGAGAUUGGUGUUGGGCCAUCUCCGAGAGUUGAUAUCAAUCUCAAGAAGAAGGAAGAAAGUGAAAGCGAUGGAAGAGAAGAACCAAAGCAAAGAGUUACGGGAAGUAUUUUAAGAAAAAGUAUCGAGGUUUCUGAUGAUAAUAGUUCUAAACAAGUAAGGUUUUCUUCGAACAAAUCUAAGUCAAAACAAAAAGAAGAAACCAUUCCCGAAUUUGAAGAACUGAGGUUUGAUCCAGGUGAAAUUCCAUUAAUUGAUUAUCAUGAACAUGAAGAUAGGUUUGAUACUAUAGAUUUUGACCAAGAGAAUGGUUUUAAUGUUAAAAUAGAUGAAAACAAGAUGUUAGAUACAAUGACAGUUGAUAACAAUAUAUGUUUGAGGCUUGUUCAGCUAUCAAAAGAGGAGAUAAGAUUGUUUGAAAAAGCUGUUCAGAGCCAAAAGAAUGAUGAGGAAAAUCAGAAUGGCUCUUCAUACAAUUAUAUUGAUAAUGAACUUAUGAUUAAAGCAAUUAGUGGUGUUCAUAAAUACUUUUUGAACAAAGCUUUCGAAUAUGAAAAUGAGAAGGAACUGGAAUUACAUGAUAUAAUUUCAUGUAUUCCGGAAGUUAAGUAUAACGAGGAUAAGUAUCAAUCAGUGAAUUCAGAAAGAGAAGAAUUGAUUAGUAAAAUUGGCGUUCUGAAUUUGAAUAUUAAUAGAUUAACGAAAGCUUUGCAAGAAGCAGAGGAAUUAAAUUCAAGGCUAUCCUCAUCUGGAGUUGAUAAUUGUCCUGAAGAGGAUGACAAUGAAGGUAUUAAGGCUUUAUCGGAUGACUUUGGAUAUAUUUUAAAGUGUACAAAUAUACUGCUGGAUGAAUUAGAAUCAAAUAAAGUUGGCCAGACUUUUGAAUCACCAAGUUUAAACUCUGGAAAAGGAGAGCAAGAAAAUAGCGAUGUAGAUAAAAGUGAUACAAGCAAUUUGUGCUCGCCUACUCCUGUAAUUUCAUGUGAAGAUAACAACGCAGAGUUUGAUUCAAAUAGUGAACAGGAAAACAAAAUAAUCGAUAUUGAUGGUUUAUUAAAUGAAUGUCAUCAAUCCCAGUUUAUUCAGAUGGAAAGUAUUGCAGUUUUGAAUGAUUGUAUAUCUCUCUUGGAUGAUGCUGAAAUAGGAAUGCAAAACUUUCAAAGAUUAUUGGCUAAAAAGGCAUUUGACACCACUGAGGAAGAUGACCAACAUACUGGUUAUAACUCUAAUGGAGAUUCAAUGGAGAUGGUUGAAGACACUUUAUUAAGGUUGCAAAAAGGAGCAUCAAUAACUCCACGGUUUAGUUUAGAAGAAAGCCUUAAUUACAGAAGAAGUAGUGCUGGAUCUAGGAAAAAUGUUGGGGGGAAAGUUUAG